CUUCCCACCCAAAACGUAUGUUCAUUGAGAACCUACCUCCCUCGACUUCGACUUCACAACCAUCUCACACUCUCUCUUCCCCGAGGUUGUGAAUCUUCUUCCCUUCGACCCAUCAUCCAUACUGCUUCGGCAUUUCCAGCAUCACUUCUUCGGAACCGCGAGGUCUCCCAUUCGUCUGCCGCCAGACCCCCUUUUUUUCUUCUUCUUCCCUCUCUCCUUGACCAACUCUCUCGCAUCCCUUUCUCUCGUUCGUUACCCAUCUGCGACGCUCCUUGACACGCGACUGCUUUGUAGACGUCCAGAUCUUUCCUCCAGAUCAAUCCAACCUUUGAGUUAACAGCCCCGACGAUAUUCGAUAUGGCCUCCGAAGGUUCCCCCGCCACCUCCCCGCCGCCCUCGAGGGCGCCCACCUCGCCCCCUGCGGAAGACCCAGCUUCUGACCCUUACCAAGCUGGCGGUGCCUCCUCGGCUCCCUCCAGUGAUCUUAGGAACAUUGUCCGUCGCAAGCUGACCGGCUAUGUUGGCUUUGCCAACCUACCUAACCAAUGGCACCGCAAGAGUGUCCGCAAGGGCUUCAACUUCAACGUCAUGGUUGUUGGUGAAUCCGGACUCGGAAAGUCGACCCUUGUCAACACACUCUUCAACACCUCACUGUACCCCCCAAAGGAGCGCAAGGGACCUAGCCUCGACAUCCUCCCCAAGACUGUCCAGAUUCAGUCCAUCAGCGCCGACAUCGAGGAGGCUGGCGUCCGUCUCCGCUUGACCGUCGUUGACACCCCUGGCUUCGGCGACUUUGUCAACAACGACGAGUCCUGGCGCCCGAUCGUUGACAACAUUGAGCAGCGUUACGACGCCUACCUCGAUGCCGAGAACAAGGUGAACAGGAUGAACAUCGUGGACAACCGUAUCCAUGCCUGCGUCUUCUUCAUCCAGCCCACUGGCCACUCUCUGAAGCCCCUUGAGAUCGAGGUCAUGCGCCGCCUUCACACCAAGGUUAACUUGAUCCCCGUCAUUGCCAAGGCCGACACCCUCACCGACGAGGAGAUCGCCAACUUCAAGUCAAGAAUUCUUUCCGACAUUAAGUACCACGAUAUCCAGAUCUUUGAGGGUCCUCGUUACGAGCUCGACGAUGAGGAGACCAUUGCGGAGAACAAUGAGAUCAUGUCCAAGGUCCCCUUCGCCGUGGUUGGCGCUACGAACGAGAUCACCAACGCCGACGGACGCAAGGUCCGCGGACGUAGCUACCCCUGGGGUGUCAUUGAGGUCGACAAUGAGGAGCACUGCGACUUCGUCAAGCUCCGCCAGAUGCUCAUUCGUACCCACAUGGAGGAGCUCAAGGAGCACACCAACAACAGCCUGUACGAGAACUACCGCACCGACAAGCUCAUUGGCAUGGGCGUGUCGCAAGACCCAAGUGUUUUCAAGGAGGUCAACCCCGCUGUCAAACAGGAGGAGGAGCGCGCCCUACACGAGCAAAAGCUCGCCAAGAUGGAAGCCGAAAUGAAGAUGGUCUUCCAGCAAAAGGUCGCCGAGAAAGAGAGCAAGCUGAAGCAGAGCGAAGAAGAGCUCUACUCCCGCCACAGAGAGAUGAAGGAGCAGUUGGAGCGCCAACGCAUGGAGCUCGAAGAGAAGAAGCAAAGAGUCGAGAGCGGCCGGCCCAUCGAGAAGGAAGGCAAGCGGAAGGGCUUCUCGCUCCGUUAAGAAGCCUCCUCCCUCGUCCCUGGUCUCUUGACGCCGCACGUUGUUCGCAUUCUCUCCUUUCUACGACCCAUGUCUAAGUACCAAUGAUGCCCAUACAAUACCAGCACAACGCGUCUCUUUGUCUCGAUUCUCUUCUUGUUUUUUCUUAUCACCCCCUUUCUCCGGACCUCUUUUAAUCAAACAACCCCUCAUCUAAUCACAUACGGAAUCCCAACAUCACCAAAAGUCUUUACGAAGCAGGCACGCAGGGGGGCUUGACGCGGACUGAGGAGGGAAACAUGCAAAAGAAACAAAUACGAGGAGUCAUUGCUUCCGUGAGGCUUGAUUCUGGCGAUGAGGCGUUUCAACGGCACACUUUUUUUGAAGCUCUGCUGGCCGUGGUUCGUCUGUCUCAUGGCGGACUCGGCUGAGGAGGACCUCGGGAAGAGACGAUUGAUUUGGUCAGUGGGACACAUGCGUUAGCAGAGUAUCCUCGUGGAUUCAUUUCUUUUCGAAGAAGAGAGACUUGCCACUCGGAAUAGGGUUUUCUUAUAAUCUACGACGCCACGCUCGAUACUCUUCUGUCGCCUUAUGGUGUUGACUCAGCCAAUUUCCCUCCAGCUGCCGACGCACACAAUCAUGAUGGAUAGAAGUUAACGCUAGCGUCGUGAAGAUCGGAGCAGCCCGCUUAUUCUAGCAAGCAAUCCCCCCCUCGAUGUUGUAUUUUAUUCGGAUGGGGUCAUGGAGAAGGAGGGUCGAAGAUGGCCUGGCAUGACAGGUGUUUUCGUUUACUUGGCAUUUCAUUUCCUUGGUGUCUUCCCUUUGCUACUAGUUUUUGUGUGUACCGAAAAAGAUGAUUCCC